UUCAUUGAAACAUCAUCUAAAGACAAUCAUCAAACUCCUCAUGAUGAAGGCUCUCGCAGUUUCUGCUUUGCUCUGUCUUGUCUUUGCGUCCAAGACAGGGGUCUCACAAAAGAGAGAGGCGAUUGUUGGGACACCAGAAGAAGCACAGAACUCACCAGUUUCAGCAGAGGAUGUUCAGAGCUUUGAAGCUGUGGCUCCAUCAGACUCAGAGAUGGCUGAAGUUCCAGAGAAUGACGAUGAGACUGAUGCAGCUCUACGGAUGUACUGUCCACCUGGCUGGUUCAGUUUUGGAUCCCGCUGUAUCCAGUAUGUCAGCAGUCAUAUGAACUGGAUGGAUGCUGAGACACACUGUGUAAGUCAGCAAGCGGCUCUGGCCUCAGUGCGAAAUUUAGAUGAACACCACCUCCUUCAGAGUCUGGCUCAAGUUGCUGGAACAUCAAGUGCCUGGAUAGGUGGAUUUUAUUUCCAGGGCUCAUGGAUGUGGAUUGACAGAACAGGUUUUUACUACCAGCACUGGCUCUCUCAAUCUAGCGCCACUAGCUAUCAAUGCAUAUACAUGCGCUCAUCAGGCUGGGUGAACCCUGCCUGA